AUGAAUCUCCCGGGAGGCUCAUCUGGCACUGGCGCACCCCCGUCCGGCCUGGGCCCUCAGGACCCGGGCGUCAAGGCCGUCCAAGCCGCCAUGGAGUCCUGCUUCGGCAAAUCCGUCAUGUCAGGAGUCAUGGGAUUCGGCAUGGGUGGCCUCUUCGGCAUGUUCAUGGCUUCUAUGUCCUACGACACCCCGUUUGGCACGCCCGUCACCAACAGCGCCGGCCAAAGCAUCUCGUCCCUGCCGCUCCGUCAGCAGCUCAAGCACGGCUUCAAAGACAUGGGCACCCGCUCCUUCUCAAUGGCCAAAAACUUCGGCAAGGUCGGCGCCUUGUUCUCCGGCAUCGAGUGCGGCAUCGAGGGCCUGCGGGCCAAGAACGACCUCGCGAACGGCGUGGCCGCAGGAUGCUUGACGGGCGGUAUUCUAGCAAAGAACGCUGGCCCGCAGGCCAUGGCCGGUGGGUGUAUUGCGUUUGCGGCCUUUAGCGCGGCCAUCGACACUUGGAUGAGACAGCCAAAGGAGGACUAA